AGCCUGCAUAACAUGAACGACCCUCUACACAGGAUCUCUGCGUCAACACUUCUUCGUCGCCGCUCUCGCACGCGCUCUGGGCCCUCCGCUGCCGCAGGGAUGUCUUCCGGCGGCUCCAUGCCGAGGUCGACAAGAUUAUGCCCGGCUCGAACGCGAGCACUCGGAGUGGAUACGGGUGCCUGAGCCGAGGGCUUUCAUCAAUAAGUCCUUUCUUCUGCCAUACGGCGCCGCGCCGUUGCUGCUUGAAUGUCGUGCCCGCCACGGCCCAUGAAGCCUAGUUUCGAAAUUGUGAGUUCGAUAUGCUGGGUUGCGCGCUCCGACCGAGCACGAUCGUCAUGACAUGAACGUGAAGUAUGCACCUCGCCAGCCGCUUAUAACCGAACAGCGGCAGUUUUCGAAGACAAAAGUACAAAACCUGUGCCUGAAGCAGCCCCCGAUUGCCCGAAAUACCAUCGACUCACCCACCAUUCCCUAAU